AUACGUCCCUGCCUCAUACGAAUCGCCGUGGUAGUGGGGCGUGUGAUUCCCGUAUAUAAUCAUUUGUCCGAUGGUGGUCGGUGAUCUCUUUUAGCCCCGACAAACUGUACUUGUUAGCCCCAGGUCCAUAGUAAUCUCCUGCCCGUGCGGAUUUCCUUGCCUGAAGACACUAACUGAGAUAAUGCUGAGCCUUUGCAAGCAGGCGAUUUUCGCCAGUAGCCAAAAAGUUGGCGCAAGAUGCUUGGGAACAAUCGUGCCUAUUCCAAAUCCACCAGAAUUCCCACUGGAAAACGAGCCAGUCCUGACUUACAAGAAAGGAAGCAAGGAACGUGCAGAAUUAGAAAAGGCACUGGACAAAAUGGCUGGGGAGUGCGAAGAAAUUCCACUGGUGAUUGGAAAUGAAGAAAUCAAGACCAAUUUGGUGAAGUACCAAGUAAUGCCCCAUAAUCAUAAGAACAAGGUAGCAAAGUACCAUUGGGCCACUCCAGAACUAGUCAAAAAGGCAAUAGACGUGGCAGUGAAGUCUCAACGCGAAUGGGAAAAGGUUCCUAUUGGGAAGAGAUUAGAAAUCUGGUUACGGGCUGCUGAUCUGAUGGCUAAGGAGUAUCGUCAACAGCUAAACGCUGCAACGAUGCUCGGUCAAAGUAAGACUGCAAUCCAGGCGGAGAUUGACAGCGCGGCAGAGCUUAUUGACUUCUUCAAAAUUCAUGGCCACUUCGUGAAGGAUUCACUAAAGUACAAGCCAAUCUCGCCGAACAGUGAGACCCUGAAUUCUAUGAGGUAUCGCGGCAUGGACGGUUUCGUUGCAGCCGUAUCGCCGUUCAACUUUACUGCUAUCGGCGGCAAUCUUAGCUACACGCCGGCUCUGAUGGGCAACGCCGUACUCUGGAAACCGUCUGACACCGCGUUGCUCUCCAACUGGUGGAUCUUCAAGAUCUGUCGCGAGGCAGGCGUUCCCCCAGGCGUCGUCAACUUCAUCCCCUGCGAAGGACCCGUCUUUGGCGAUACGAUCACUUCCUCACCGUAUCUAUCUGGCAUCAACUUCACCGGUUCCGUGCCAACGUUCAAUCGACUUUGGACCCAGGUCGGGCAGAACGUCAACAAGUAUAGAAACUAUCCCAAGCUCAUCGGGGAGUGUGGUGGCAAGAACUACCACUUUAUACAUCCUAGUGCAGAUGCGGAAUCUGUCGCGAUGGGAACCAUCAGGAGCUCCUUCGAAUUCAACGGACAGAAAUGUUCAGCUUGUAGCAGAAUGUACGUUCCGGAAUCCCUGUGGAGUCAGGUAAAGCAAGGUCUUCUGGAGACGAGGGAUAAACUGAAGAUCGGCGAUGUCAGGGAUUUCACCGUCUUCACCGGAGCAGUUAUCGACGCUGUAGCAUUCAAGAGAAUCACUGGGUACAUCGAGCACGCCAAGAAAUCUUCCAAUCUGGAAAUCAUCGGCGGCGGUGGUUACGAUGACUCGAAGGGCUACUUUAUCGAGCCUACGAUAGUCGUCACAAAAGAUCCAAAAGACAAGAUAAUGACCGAAGAGAUCUUUGGUCCGGUUCUCACGAUUUAUGUUUAUAAGGAUUCGCAGAUCAACGAGACGAUGAAGCUUGUGGAAUCCUCGACACCGUACGCCUUAACCGGAGCAAUAUUCUCCCAGGAUCUGGACUGGGCUAAACAUGCCCUGGAAGAGUUCAAGUACACAGCAGGCAAUUUCUAUAUAAAUGACAAGUCAACAGGGUCCGUCGUAGGUCAACAACCAUUUGGCGGCAGUCGAAUGUCAGGAACAAAUGACAAGGCCGGUGGUCCUCACUAUGCCCUACGUUGGGCGUCGCCGCAAUCUAUCAAGGAGACAUUUGUCCCCUUACGCGAAUACGACUACGAGUACAUGAGAUCCUAAGACUCAUACGAAGAGAAUGAAACGUAUUCUAGGACUAAGAAGGGAAAGAGUAAUAAGGAAAAGAAAAAUAAAUUACAAGGAUAUCUAACGCGUUUAUGAACGCGCAUACGUGAACGACUAGAUAGAAACAGAAAAUGCUGUGUCAAUAUUUUGAAUGUAAUUCAAAUGCAAUUCAUUGAGUGGGCUAGCUCCGCGAAACGGACUGAAUGGCGUCGAGCAAGUAUUAAUUACCCACGUACGUACAGCAAACAAGAACAAAACAAGAAAUAAAAAACCAGCUAUGUUACACGUGCGUAACAUAAACUCAAUAGAAAAAAUUUACAUAACAGCUUAACGCAAUGCUCGAAUUGUUUCAGUAUUGUACCAGGGUCGUUAACUAGACAAAAAUAAAAAAGAUGACACAGCAGAAUCCGAGUACACAGUAUAGAGUCUAAUACAAAUUGGUAUCUGAAAUACCAAAUACAUAAUCGCGUACGAGUUCGAUUAUGAAUAUCAGAGUUUUUCCAAAUCCUCUGAAAAAUUUUAAAAACAACUGUGACAGCUACAGUCACUCUAAUAAUAAAAAGAAAGAACGCAAUUGGAAACAAGAAUAAUGAGGUGUGAAUAACGAAUGUCGUAUCACUUUUAUUUUACUCCCUGCUUAUUUUUUAUUCGCAAUUACAUAAUCGUGUAGCACUUUCCCAUCUGACAUAUCCCUCUCUGACAUUUUUUGUUCAUUUUUUGAUUUCCCCUUUACGUUAUAAGGCGACACAAUCUCGAAAUUUUGUUUAGGAAGAAAGAUAAUGAAACUAUGUAAUUGCAAUUAAUUAUUAAUAAUCGUUCUGUACUUUUGUCCGACGACUGUAAAGACGCAUAAUCUAUUAUAAUCUGGUCACUUGCGCGUGUUUUCAAAAUCGAAAAUUCCUUGCACGAUACAGACUCGUGCAGCCGUCACGCUAUUUCAUAUAUAAUAUAUACAUAUAUAUACAAUAUAUAACGCAGUAAAUAUGUAUGUAUAUAUAUUUAUUAAAUAUGUACAAUUCCUAGGACCCAAGUCGUUCCGUUAUUAUAUAAACAUUAUACUCAAUGAACGUUGGUCUUGCUACGCAUAUAAGAAAGUGACUUUAAAAAAAGAAGAAAAAUAUAUAAAGCGAUCAUCAAGAAAAUCGAUCAAUCUCGUUUGUAUUAUUGUGUAACGGUUUCUAAUAAUUGUGUACAAAAAAAA